AUGUUUGCCUUCACCUCAAUUGGUGGUAAAGUUGAUUGUGGUUUGAAUGAUGGUCGUGGACCUCCUCAAUUUGUUAUAAGUGGCCAAAAUUAUCAUCGAAUUGGCAGUUUACUUCCAUCCGAAGGUGAUAAUCCAAAAUUUGCUCAAUUGUACAUAUAUGAUACGAGAAAUGAGAUCCAUAACAGAAUGAAGCAUUUUAGUGAUUAUGAUGGUAAAUGCAAUCUUGAGCCUGGUUUAGUGGUGGACUUGCUUAAGAUGGUUGAUGAGCACAAUGUUUUAGCCAAGUCAUUUAGAAGUGUAAGAGAUCAUGUUGAAGAAUUUGAUUCCAAUGAGGUUGCUUUAAGGUUAUUUAGGAAUCGUGUUAAUGAUUCCAAUACAUACAAUCUCCCAAGCGUAGAUGAAGUUGCUGCUUUAAUUGUUGGUGAUUUUGAUAGUUCUGACUGUGGUCGUGAUGUUAUUCUACGCUCAACAAGUGGGAUUGAGGACGCUAUUACUCGUGGUGAUACUGAUGCCUCAACAGUUGGCUCUAGAAUAUUCCUUCCUUCAUCUUUUACUGGGGGUAGGCGGUAUAUGUUUGAUAAUUGCCAAGAUGCUAUGGUUAUUUGUGGAACUUACGGAUAUCCUGAUUUGUUUCUUACAAUGACAUGCAAUCCUAAGUGGCCUGAGAUUGAUCGGCAUGUUUCAAGAUAUUUUUUGUCAGCGUAUGAUCGUCCAGAUAUAUCAUGUCGAGUCUUUCGUAUGAAAUUGGCGCAACUAAUGACAGAUCUCAAGAAAGGGGAGUUUUUUGGGAAGGUCAUUGCUGGUAUGUAUAGCAUUGAAUUUCAGAAGAGAGGUUUACCACAUGCUCACAUUUUGUUGUGGCUUGGUCCUGGGGACAAGCUUAAAACUACUGAAAUGAUAGACUCGGUUAUAUGUGCUGAGCUACCAGAUCCUGAUCUCUACCCUGAAUUGUUUGAUUGUGUGUCAAAUUAUAUGGUUCAUGGACCUUGUGGACUAAGUAGGAAGGAAUCUCCUUGCAUGAAGAAUGACCGGUGUUCCAAAUUUUUCCCGAAAAAAUAUGCAGAUACUACAUCAUUUGACAAUGAUGGGUAUCCUAUUUAUAGGAGGAGGAACACUGGGAUUUCAACCAACAGAAGGGGAGUUGAUUUAGACAAUGGUUUUGUUGUGCCAUACAAUCCCAAACUGCUUAUGAAAUACCAAGCUCAUAUCAACAUUGAGUAUUGCAAUAAGUCAAACUCUAUAAAAUACCUGUUCAAAUAUGUACACAAAGGAGUUGAUAGAGUAACAAUGUCUAUGUCUGCUGGUAAAAAUAAUCAUGAUCAGAAAGCUGAAGUGGAUGAAAUCAAACAAUAUUUUGAUUGUAGAUACUUGUCUCCAUGUGAAGCUGCAUGGAGAAUUUUCAAAUUUGAAAUCCACCAUAAAUGGCCACAUGUUCAGAAACUCACGUACCAUUUACCUAGGAAGCAAGUUGUUUUGUUUAAGGAAAAUCAAUCAAUCGAAGAGGUACUUAAGAAGAACGAAGUUAAGAACAGCAUGUUCCUAGCGUGA